AUGGGCAAACGACACUCCCCUCAGGGGUCUGCUCCAGAGCUGCCUCCAAAGAAGAAGUCGAGAACAGACAAAGACGCCAAAAAGAAAAAAGAAACGUCCGAUGAAAAUGAGAAUGCGCCAUCGAAGCGCAAUCCUUACGUGCAAUCUGCUGCGCUUUCUGCUUUGCCGCAGUCCGAGAUAGACCAGUUCCUGAGCUCAAAUUCGAUCAAAAUCACCGACUCGGAAGCGGAAUCUUCGCCGGAGAGACAAUCACUGCGACCUCUAAUUUCGUUUGAUCACCUCCCCACCUGCGAGGGUGACCUUUACCAAGCUCUCAAAGGAUUCUCUGCACCAACGCCUAUCCAGUCAGUAACAUGGCCUUUCCUGUUUGCAGGCCGCGAUGUCAUCGGUGUCGCCGAGACUGGAAGCGGAAAGACCAUGGCCUUUGGUUUGCCUUGCAUCAAGAACAUCGUUGAUUCGAAAAAGGGAGGAAAAGGCGCCCGUCCCCGGGCCGUGAUCAUCACACCCACAAGAGAGCUAGCCAUGCAGAUCCAUGAUCAGCUAUUGAAGCUUUCUGGCAAGGCUCAUGUUGAGAUCACUUGUAUUUUUGGAGGCGUUAGGAAAGACGAACAACGAAGUGCCUUGAAGAAGGCAUCCGUCGUCGUUGCUACCCCGGGUCGCUUGAAAGAUUUGCAAGAUGAAGGUGCAGUGGAUCUCGGGAGAGUCAAGUACUUAGUACUAGACGAAGCAGAUCGUAUGCUAGACAAGGGUUUUGAGCAAGAUAUCAAAGACAUAAUCAGUCUUAUGCCUGUCUCUAAGCGUCAGACCGUUAUGUUUACUGCGACAUGGCCCCCCUCGGUUCGAAACCUUGCCGCCACAUUUACCAAGUCGCCUGUCACGGUCACUAUCGGCGGUGAACCAUCAGCGGAUCCUCGUGCGAAUACCAGAAUAAAGCAGGUCGUGGAGGUUCUUGAUCCUCGUGAUAAAGAGAACAGACUCUUACAACUACUGAAUCAGCACGGUGGAGGAAAGGGCAGUGCGAACAAGACCUUGGUCUUUUGUCUGUACAAGAAGGAGGCGAUGAGGAUUGAACGAUUUAUACGAUCAAGAGGAUUCACAGUAGCUGGCAUUCACGGCGACUUGAGUCAGCAAGAGAGGUUCAAAAGUCUAGAGGCUUUCAAAACUGGUUCCGUCAACAUCCUCGUUGCCACGGAUGUUGCAGCCCGAGGUCUUGAUAUACCUGCCGUGAAAUUGGUCCUCAAUGUUACCUUUCCGCUAACUGUCGAGGACUAUGUUCACCGCAUUGGACGUACUGGGCGAGCCGGGGCUGAGGGCCAUGCUAUCACUUUGUUCACUGAAAACGACAAAGCUCUAUCGGGAGCAUUGAUAAAUGUCCUAAAAGCAGCGAACCAGCACGUGCCUGAUGAAUUACUGAAGUUCGGUACGACAGUCAAGAAGAAGCAGCAUGAUGCAUAUGGCGCAUUUUUUAAAGAUGUUGACACGGGAAAGACGGCAACCAAGAUCACAUUUGAUGACUGA